AAAUUCUUGGAUUUGAUGCCUAUAAUUAUACAUAUGCCUAAGGCAGGGUCUUAAACACGUAAAGCCUAAGCUACUGUUUCAAAAUCAGCCUCAUCUUUUUUCCUUGAGUUCCUUCCGUUCUCUCCCUCCAGACCUACCUUACCACCAGAGUCUUACUCUUGUUUCUUAGAAAUGUUUGCUUAUAUAUCUCCAUCGCCAUCUACUCCUUCCACCUUAACCACCGGCCAUCCACAAGGAAUUAAACAUGAUGUCUUCCUUAGUUUCAGCGAACAAGACACUCUUGCUGGUUUUACCAGCCACCUCUAUGCUGCUUUGGACCGGAAACAAAUCCUAACUUUCAUAGAUUAUCAGCUUGUGAGAGGAGAUGAGAUUUCGGCAUCACUUCUGAGAACAAUUGAAGAGGCCAAGCUUUCUGUGAUUGUUUUUUCUGAAAACUAUGCAUCUUCCAAAUGGUGCUUGGAGGAGCUUGUAAAGAUUUUUGAGUGUAGAAAAAACAAUGGACAGAUAGUUAUUCCGGUAUUCUACAAGGUGAAUCCAACCCAUGUAAGAAAUCAAACAGGAAGGUUUGGGGAUGCAUUUGCUAGACUUAUAAGGAAUAAAGCUCUGACGUUGGAAGAAGUGCACAGCUUCAGAGACGCUUUGACGGAUGCAGCCAAUCUAUCUGGAUGGAGCUUAGGGGAUUCUGGCCCGGAGUCUGAAUUUAUUGAGAAAAUCGUUGGUGAUGUUUUGAAAAAAUUGCAUGCCAUGUCUUCAAGUCACACCAUGGCGGGUCUAUUUGGAAUUGAUGUUCGUGUUAGCAAAGUUGAGUCUUUGCUAGAUAUGGAAUCUCCAGAUGUUCUCAUUUUAGGGUUAUGGGGAAUGGGUGGUAUCGGUAAGACAACGAUUGCUCAAGCUGUGUGCAACAACGUUCGUUCUCGAUUUGAAAGAAUCUUUUUUGCAAACUUUAGGCAACAAUCUGAUUUGCGAAGAAAAUUUCUUAAAUGGUUGCUUGGCCAAGAAACUCUGGACACUAUGGGCUCCUUGAGUUUUCGAGAUUCUUUUGUGAGGGAGAGACUUCGUCGCAUAACGGCUUUUAUUGUUCUGGAUGAUGUGGAUGAUUUAAUGCGUUUUGAAGAAUUGAGAGAUUUGCUUGAUGGACGAAACAGUUCAUUUGGUCCGGACAGUAAAGUUCUCAUAACAAGUAGGGACAAGCAAGUGCUUAAGAAUGUAGUUGACCAAACAUACAAGGUUGAGGGGUUGAACUAUAAAGACGCUAUUCAACUCUUUAGCUCGAAAGCCUUGAAGAAUUGCAUCCCCACAAUUGAUUAUAGACACUUGAUAGAAAAGAUUGAAAGGCAUGUACAAGGCAAUCCGUUGGCCCUUAAAGUUUUGGGUUCCUCUCUCUAUGGUAAAAGCAUUGAAGAAUGGCAUAGUGCAUUGAAUAAACUAGCUCAGCACCCUCAAAUCGAAAGGGCGUUGAGAAUUAGUUACGAUGGGUUGGAUUCAGAACAAAAAUCCAUAUUUCUUGACAUAGCACAUUUCUUCAAAGGACGGGAGCCAGACGAAGCAACAAGAAUAUUAGAUUGCUUUUAUGGUCGGUCUGUGAAGUUCGAUAUAAGCACGCUCAUUGAUAAGUGUCUCAUUGAUAAGUGUCCCAUAAGUACUGCAACUCGUUUAUCUUCUCAUAAAAGGCUACAAAUGCAUGAUUUACUACAAGAAAUGGCAUUUAACAUUGUUCGUGCAGAAUCUGAUUUUCCUGGCGAACGUAGCAGGUUAUGUCAUCCUCCUGAUGUCGUUCAAGUAUUGGAGGAAAAUAAGGGAACUCAAAAAAUUAAAGGCAUAUCUUUGGACACGUCCAUGUUAUCGAGACAUAUACACUUGGAAUCUGAUGCCUUCGCAAUGAUGGAUGGUCUUCGAUUUCUGGAUUUCUAUAACUUUGGUCCCUCCAAAGAAGAUAAAAUGCACCUUCCUCCUACUGGCCUCGAAUAUCUUCCUAAUGAGCUGAGAUAUCUGCGAUGGGAUGAAUUCCCUUUGAAAUCCUUGCCGCCAUCUUUUCAUGCUGAACACCUUGUGGAGCUUCGCCUACGCGGAAGCAAGCUUGUAAAACUUUGGACAGGAGUAAAGGAUGUUGGAAAUUUAAGAAGAAUCGACCUAUCUAGCUCUCCAUAUUUGACGGAAUUGCCAGAUCUAUCAAGGGCCAAAAAUUUAGUGUGCUUAAGGCUUGGGAGCUGUCCAAGCUUAACCGAGGUUCCGUCAUCUCUUCAAUAUCUUGACAAGCUGGAAUAUAUUUAUCUCAUUCGUUGCUAUAAUCUUAUAAGUUUUCCAAUGCUUGAUUCAAAGGUUCUCAGAGAACUUGUUAUAGGUCGGUGCCUAGAUAUGACCACGUGUCCAACGAUUUCACAAAAUAUGAAAACCUUACAUUUGAAGGAAACUUCAAUCAAAGAAGUUCCACAAUCAGUUACUGGCAAGUUGAAACGUCUUUUUCUAGAUGGUUGCUCAAAGAUGACCAAGUUUCCGGAGAAUUUAAAGGAUAUAGAAAAAUUAAAACUAAGGGGAACUGCUAUUAAAGAGGUGCCCUUAUCAAUCCAGUUUCUCACAAGACUCGAAGUGUUGGAUAUGAGUGGUUGCUCAGAACUUGAGAGCUUCCCAGAAAUCACAGUGCCUAUGAAAUCUUUGCAGAGUCUUCACUUGAGUAAAACAGGCAUUAAAGAGAUGCCCUCAUCAUCAUUUAAGCAUAUGAUAUCUUUAGGGUCUCUAUUUUUAGAUGGAACGCCUAUUAAAGCGUUACCUGAGCUUCCCCCUUCGCUGAGCCGUCUAUGUACACAUGACUGUGCAUCACUAGAAACCGUGACAUCAAUCAUCAAUAUCGGCAGCUUAUGGGAUUUUACAAAUUACUUCAAAUGGGAUUUUACAAAUUGCUUCAAAUUGGAUCAGAAACCGCUGGUAGCAGCAAUGCAUUUGAAAAUUCAGUCCGGAGAGGAGAUCCCAGAUGGCGGAAUUAAAAUGGUUCUACCGGGGAGUGAAAUUCCAGAAUGGUUCGGUGACAAAGGAGUUGGAUCUUCACUCACCAUACAGUUGCCCUCAAAUUGUCAUCAGCUCAAGGGAAUUGCUUUCUGCCUUGUCUUUCUACUCCCUCUUCCCUCCCAGGACAUGCCUUGUGAAGUCUAUGAUGAUUCUCAAGUUCUUGUAUUUUUUGAUUACCAUGUUAAGAGUAAAAACGGUGAGCAUGAUGGUAAUGAUGAAGUCGUCUUCGGUUCCCGCUUCGCUCUAUUAUUUUCCUUGAAGACAUGUGACUCAGAUCACAUGAUUCUACACUACGAGCUCGAAUUGGUAAAACAUUUGCGUAAAUAUUCUGGCAAUGAAGUUACAUUUAAAUUCCACCACCUUAAAGUGGACGCCAGUGGGAGGAAGUUAGGUCGUGAUAUCCGAAGGCCUUUCAAGUUGAAAAGCUGUGGGGUGUAUCUGCACUUUGAUGAAAAUAUACUGGCGGACACGGAUCUUCCUUAACAAACAAAAGUUGGGAAGAAAAUUGAGGGAGAAAUAGAAGAAAUUGAAAGGGUUAGAGAGUUCUGUAAUUACUGCAAAUUGUUCUUCAAUUAUUACUUGGUUUUCAAGAUAGCUGUAAAUAUUGUUCUUCCCUUGCAACUAACUUUCUGUUAAUCAACUAAUU